AUGGUGGCAGCGGUGGGAUGGCAAGCCGGAAGAAAAGUGUUCGUCUACCCAAGCGCACAGGUUUGCGGUCUCAGAGCCAUGUGCAACAGCCAGGGGGCGCUGGAGCAGCAUGGGAAACGGACGAAGAGGAAGAGAAACCGGAAGUCAAACCCGGGCCAUUCUCGGAGCCUGGACAGGAUAUGCGGCAAGGCGCUGGAGGCGUACUCUGCCAUGGACGAGGAGAGAGCCCACUGCUACCGGGACUUAAAGGAGGCCCUGUUGGCGAAAUUUGAUAUUUCACCCGAGACCUACCGCCAGCAGUUUCGCUCCUCUACUCUACCAUCUGGAGAGAGCCCCACGGAGACCUAUCAUCGUCUCAGAGGUCUCUAUCGUCGCUGGAUACGGCCCGAGGAGCGGACCAAGGAGGAGGUCGGCGAGGCAAUCAUCAUGGAGCAGCUGCUGCGAGUUUUCCCCUUCGAGGUGCGGACCUGGGUGAAGGAGCGCGAGCCCGGCGAUGGACUCACCGCUGCAAAGUUGGCCGUGCAGUACCUCAACGCGCGCAAAGGAGGACCUGCCCGGAUCGGCACUACAGCUCAGCGUGGGCCAGCUCAGCCGCUUCUCCCCAGACCACCCCGACAGGACAGCUACCCAGAUCGGCAAGACCAGCCCUAUCUUGUGAGUGUGGGUGUGGUUGAAAACUUACCAGUGGAUGCUAUUCUCGGUUGGGAUUUACCAGUUCUCAUGGACCUGUUGAACAAAAAAGUGUCUGAGGAAAGUGUCCAGCCUCUGCCGGACUUGGACAGUAGUCUGUGUGAGGGGGGCACCAAGGGCCCCAAGAAGUCCCGCCGUCAGAGGCGGGCAGUCUCGAACGCAACUUCCAGUAGUCAUAAUCAGAGUUACUGCGGCUCCACCGGUAACUGGGUGGGAUGCCAGACUGAGUUGGCUGCAGAUGCCUCUGUCCUUACUGAGCACAUUGUGUGUUUGUGUGCUCUGUAUUCUGCAAGGAACCGGUCCUCAAUACUUUCUGGGCUUCAGGAGAGUACAUCUUUAUUUGAUUCUGCGAAUGUGGAAGAGGCUGAAGGGAUACCAGGAAAAGAGGACAAUCAUGUGGAAGACAAGGAUGACAUUCCUGCCAGCCCGCCACCACCCAAGAAGAAAAAGGACUUGUGCUGUUUGGCUGAUCUGCUUGGUUCAACUUACAGUGCAGGUCCUGCGGUGAGAAACAGAACCACACAAGCCCAGGCAGAAGAGGAGAUGUCAAGGGCAGUCUCGAACGCAACUUCCAGUAGUCAUAAUCAGAGUUACUGCGGCUCCACCGGUAACUGGGUGGGAUGCCAGACUGAGUUGGCUGCAGAUGCCUCUGUCCUUACUGAGCACAUUGUGUGUUUGUGUGCUCUGUAUUCUGCAAGGAACCGAGUUCAGCCACACGAGCAGAGGUCCACAGAAGAGCAGCUUCCUCCUGCAGGAAGGAUGCAGGCCGUGUGUGCCGCGCUCUGGCCGGUCACAAACACACGUCUCCACGACUCCGUGAAGCUGAUCAAGUUCGCGGACGACACCACCCUCAUUGGACUCAUCUCCAACAACGAUGAGUCCGCCUACAGGAGGGAGGUGGACCGGCUGGUGUCCUGGUGCAGUGGUAACAACCUGGAGCUGAACGCCCAGAAGACAGUGGAGAUGAUUGUGGACUUCAGGAAGAGCACUGUCCCCCCGCCCCCACCCUCCGUGAUGGACUCCCCCAUCACCUCUGUGGAGUCCUUCCGUUUCCUGGGCACCACCAUCACCCAGGACCUCAAGUGGGAGCCGACCAUCAGCUCCCUCAUCAAGAAGGCCCAGCAGAGGAUGUACUUCCUGCGGCAGCUCAGGAAAGCCAAGCUGCCUGCACAGAUGUUGGUGCAGUUCUACACGGCCAUCAUCGAAUCCAUCCUCACCUCCUCCGUCACCUCCUCCGUCACCUCCUCCAUCACCGUGUGGUUCGCUGGAGCCACAGUCAGGGACAAACAGAGACUACAGCGCAUUGUGCGCUCUGCAGAGGAAGUGAUCGGCCGCAGCCUUCCAUCGCUGCAGGACCUAGCCCUGGAUGUGUGGCUUUGUGGCCCAGGUCGCUGCCUCUACACUCAGUCAGGAAGAGCUGUGCAGAUGGGAGCUGACCCACUGGCCCUGUCCUGCUACUGA